CAGCGGUGGAGACCCGCCUCGGCUGCCGGAUCGGUUCCUCCCUCUGAACGAGCCCCAUUGUCAGCCUGGAUGUCGACCAUCACUGUUCUGCCGCAACAGGUAAACGAGCACAGAUCGACAUCAAGUGUUUAACUGCAGGACAGAACACGUUUCGCACGGCGUGAACGCGCGCCGCGCGCGCCUGCUAUCACCUGUUCCUAAAGGAAAAUAAAGCAUCUUUUUUACGAGGGUGACCUAAGAUUUGUGCCGGACUGAUUCGAGCAGCCAUCUGUUAGCUGCCAGCACUCACUGAUAAAUGCUGCGUCCCUCUAAUCCACACCUAAAACUGUCCAUCCCCUCCUCUUCCCUACUGCUCCGUAUUUGCAUUAUGUCUGAGAGCGAGCCAGCUGAGUAGAGGACUUCCCUCUCUGCCCGUGCUCUCCACCUGCAGCCAUGAAUGGUGGAGCCAGUGUGUGGGCCAUUACUCCAGAGGAGAGGGGGAAACAUGACAAACAGUUUGACACCCUCACCCCCGUCCUCGGCUAUGUGUCGGGAGAACAAGCAAGGAAAUUCUUUCUCCAGUCCGGCCUUCCUGCCUCUGUACUUGCGGAGAUCUGGAACUUGGCUGACAUGGACAGCGAUGGGAAGAUGGACAGAUUGGAGUUCUCUAUAGCAAUGAAGCUCAUUAAACUGACGCUGCAGGGAAGAAACUUACCCCCCUCUUUGCCAGUCAUCAUGAAGCAGCCCCCUGCGUCCAACUGCGGUUCAAACAUCCCUACAUCUGCGAGAUUUGGAAUGGGCUCUAUGCCAAACCUGUCAGUCGGUGUGUCGUCCAUGUCGACCCUGUCAGCCAUGCCCAUCCUCACACCCAUCCCCGCUAACCCCCCCAUGCCCUCCCUGCAACCCCUGAUGCCAACGGCGCUGACUCUGCCGCUCGUCUCCGGGCUCCACAACGGCAGCGUCAGCCUCCUCGCCUCACCCCUCGUCCCUAACAGUGCAGGGCUCCCGCUCUCGGGCUUCUCCUCCCCCAUGGCCUUCUCUCCAUCCACGGGUAUGUCGAAGGCCAACUCCUUACUGGACCUGGGAUCCAGCAGUUCAAACUCUUCCUCCACCACGUCGCUGGCCAGCAACUCUCCCAAGAUGAGUCUGAGCGACUGGGCCGUUCCCCAGGCCUCAAGACUCAAGUACCGGCAGCAGUUCAACACGCUAGACAAGCUCAUGAGUGGCUACUUGUCAGGACCUCAGGUUAGAAAUGCUUUGAUGGCAUCAAACUUGACUCAGACUCAGCUUGCUACCAUCUGGACGCUGGCAGACGUGGAUAAGGACGGCCAGCUGCGGGCCGACGAGUUCAUUCUGGCGAUGCACCUUGUCGACAUGGCAAAGACGGGGCGGCCUCUGCCCCUGACGCUGCCUCAGGACCUGGUACCCCCCUCUCUCAGAGGGGGAUUUAAGCCCACGGAGCUGGUUAACGGAACGGGACCCUACAUAACUCCCUGUUUAAUCGACACAGUAGAGAUAGAAGCAGCUCAGAAAAACAAGAGCGGCGCGUCCUUCGAGGACAAGCUGAAGGAGAACUUUGCUCGAGGAAGCGCCGAGCUGGAGAAACGGCGGCUGGCCCUGGAGGAGGAGCAGAGGAAGGAGAGGGCGAGGAGGGAGAGGGAGGAGAGGGAGGCUCAAGAACGGCGGGAGAGGGAGGCCAGGGAGCAGGAGAACCGGAGGAGGCUGGAGGAAGAGAGGAGACUGGAGAGGCAGAGGGAGAUGGAGAGACAGCUGGAAGAGGAGAGGAUGAGAGAGCUGGAGAGGAAGGAGGCAGCAAAGCUGGAGUUGGAGCGCCAGCGGAGGGAGGAGUGGGAGCGCGGGAGGAAAGAGGAGCUUCUUCGGAGGAGAGAAGGGGAGCAGGAAGAGAUCUCCCGACUCAGGGCAAGAAAAAAGAGCCUGGAGUUGGAGCUGGAGGCGGUGGGAAACAAGCACAAGCAGAUUUCAGACCGGCUCCGGGACGCUCAGAGCAAACGGCGGAUCCUGAAAGCCGAGGUGGACCUCGUGAAUCAGACGAGGGACGCGCGCAUCGCCGAGAUCAACACGCUCCAGCUCGAGUUCGAGAACUGGCAGAAGAAGCUCUCCGAGCUGGUUCCAGAGCAGCAGAGGCUGACGGAGAAGCUGCGAAGCAUCAGCCUCAACAAAGUCUCCUCCGUGGCUCUGACCUCUCUGACCGGGAGCGUGGCGGAGAAAGGAGUGAACUGCAGGAGGCUGAAGGACCAGCUCGACAUCCUGGAAAUUGAAACCACAGAUAAAUUGGCCCAAAUGGAGCAGUACAACAAGGAGCUUAAGCUUGGGGACAUGGAUGACUGUGUCCUGCGAGGUCUUUUGUCUCUGCUGGCCUGCCUCAGCCAGCUUUUCCUCCUCAUCAAGGAGCUGAGAGAGAAGCAGGUGAAGCAGCAGUCGGUGCUGGACGACCUGUACCGGGUCAAAGAGGAAAAGCUGAAGGAGCUGCAGAGACGCAGGGAGGAGGAAAAAGAAAGGAAGAAGAAGGAGGAGGAAGAGGCGGCCAGACUGGAAAAGCUUGAGCAAGAGAGGAGAGAGCAGGAGCGGCGGGAACAAGAAGAGAGGGAGAGGGUGGAGGAGGAGGCUCGGCAGAGGAGGCUGCUGGAGGAGCAGAGGGCCAGACAGAGGGAGGAGGAGGAGAGAGAGGCCCACGCUCGCCUCCGAGCCGCCCAGGAGAAAGCACAGGAGGAGGAGAGAAGACGACGAGAGGCGGAGGAGGAGGAGGAGAAGAGGAAGAGACAGGAGGCGGAGGAAGAGAGGAAGAGGAAAGAGGAGGAAGAGGAGAAGAGGAGGAAAGAAGAGCAGGAAAGAGAGGAGCAGCUGGCGUCCCAGCUCACCACAUACAAAGCCCUGUACUCCUUUGUUGCUCGCAAUGCAGACGAGCUGAGCAUCGAGGCAGAUUGUCUCAUAGAGGUGGAUGAGCACACUGUCGGCGAGCCCGGCUGGUUGUGUGGGCGUUACGGUGGAAACAGAGGCUGGUUCCCUCAGAGCUACGCAGAGAAGUGCCCCACCUCCUCCACCACCGGGACCGCCCCCUCGUCCCCGGGACAGAGGUCCAGUUUGCCCCCACCGCUGAACACGAGAGGCCCAGCUGUGGAGGAAAAGGGUGACAGCGUUAGUCGUGCCCAAUCUGACUCUUUACAGUCAGCUGGUCCCCUUCUGGCUCGGGCUCUAUCUUCGUGGUCCCCCACUUCUGAAAAUCACCUCACCCUCUCCCCCGGCGCCGGCGAUGCCGUCACCGCACUGCUGAGCUUCUCGCAAGGUGACGCCAUCCAGGUGCUGCAGCAGCGGGAGGACUGGUGGCUGGGACAGCUCAACGGCACGCAGGGAUGGUUUCCCCGGAGCUACGUCGCCCUGGAGACGGCCGGAAAUACAGACGUGGACGCGCCUGACACCACCGACUCUUUGCAGCUAGAGGAGUAUGUGGCCUUAUACACAUAUGAGAGCCCGGAGGUGGGGGACCUGACGUUCGUGGAGGGGGACGUCGUCAUGGUGACAGAGAGAGAAGGGGAGUGGUGGCGAGGAUGCAUCGGGGACCAGACAGGGGUGUUCCCCUCCAACUACGUCCGGCCUGUUGAGCCAGAGGCAGCAAGACUUGGAGCUCUAACAAAGAAGCCUGAGAUCGCCCAGGCUGUCUCCACCACCGCAGCCCCAACGACGCAUCAGCUGCGUCUGUCUCCAGGGCAACUGAUCAAAGUCCUGGCCAAGAACUCCUCCGGAUGGUGGCUCGGGGAACUGCAGGCUCGGGGUAAGAAGCGCCAGAGAGGCUGGUUUCAUUCCGCCAACGUCAAGCUGCUCGGUCCGUCCUGCAGCAAGUCGUCUCCGUCUCCUCUGCCAGUAUGCCAAGUCAUCGCCAUGUACAACUACACCGCUGCCAAUCAGGACGAGCUGAGCUUCAGCAAGGGUCAGCUCAUCACCAUCCUGGACAAGACGAACCCUGACUGGUGGAAAGGAGAGGCCGGCGGGGUGACGGGCCUGCUGCCCACCAACUAUGUCAAGAUGACAACAGAUUCCGACCCCAGCCAGCAAUGGUGUGCCGACCUGAUGACCCUGGACUCGAUGACCCCCCAGGAGAGGAAGAGACAGGGUUACAUUCACGAGCUCAUCCAGACGGAGGAGAACUAUGUGGAGGAUCUGGAGCUGGUCCUGGAGGUCUUCUACAAGCCCAUGGCCGAGUCGGGCCGUCUGACAGAAGCAGAGAUGGCGGUGAUUUUCGUGAACUGGAGGGAGCUCAUUAUGUGUAACACCAGACUGCUCAAGGCGCUGCGGGUCCGGAAGAAGACAGGAGGAGAGAACAUGCCGGUUCAGCUGAUCGGAGAUCUGCUGGCGUCGGAGCUGGCACACAUGCAGCCGUACAGCCGCUUCUGCUCUUGCCAGCUCAACGCUGCAGCCCUGCUGCAGAGCAAAACCCACAGUCAGCCCGACUUUAAGGACUUUCUGAAGAAGAUCGCCACUAACUACCGCUGUAAAGGAAUGCCGCUGUCCAGCUUCCUCCUCAAACCCAUGCAGAGAAUCACACGCUACCCACUCCUCAUUAAAAAUAUCUUGGAGCACACCCCGGAUAACCACGCUGACCGCGUCGCUCUGCUCGAGGCUCUGGAUCGAGCCGAGGAGCUGUGCUCUCAAGUCAAUGAAGGCGUCAGAGAGAAGGAGAACUCAGACCGGCUUGAAUGGAUCCAGAGUCACGUCCAGUGCGAGGGGCCGAUUGAGCACUUGGUCUUCAACUCGUUGACCAACUGCCUCGGGCCUCGCAAGCUGCUUCACAGCGGCCGGCUGUCCAAGACAAAGAGCAGCAGAGAGCUGUGGGCUUUCCUUUUCAAUGACUUCCUCCUCCUGACGCACAGCGCUAAGCCCUUCUUGUCCUCGGGAUCGGACAAGUUAUUCAGCCCAAAAACAAGCAUACAGCUCAAAAUGUACAAAACGCCGCUGUUUUUGAAUGAAGUUUUGGUGAAGAUGCCAGCGGAUCCGUCCAGCGAUGAACCGCUCUUCCACGUCUCGCACAUCGAUCGCGUUUACACGCUCAAGACUGAGACCUUAAAUGAGAGGACGGCGUGGGUCCAGAAAAUCAAAGCGGCGUCGGAGCAUUUUAUAGAGACGGAGAAGAAAAAAAGAGAGAAGGCCUACCAAGCGCGCUCUCUGAAGACCAGUGGAAUCGGACGGCUGCUCGUAACUGUCACCGAAGCUCAGGAGCUCAAAGCCUGCAAACCCAACGGAAAGAGUAAUCCAUACUGCGAGCUGACGAUGGGGGCUCAAUGUUACACCUCCCGGCCCAUCAGCGACACUCUGAAUCCCAAGUGGAACUUCAACUGCCAGUUUUUCAUUAAAGACCUGUACCAGGACGUCCUGUGCAUCACUGUGUUCGAGAAGGAUCAGUUCUCACCAGACGACUUCCUGGGUCGCACGGAGGUUCCUGUGGCGACGAUAAAGAAUGAGAUGGAGAGCAAAGGGGCAGCCAAUCGCCGCCUCCUCCUGCAUGAAGUCCCGACUGGAGAAGUUUCCGUCAAACUGGACCUCCAGCUGUACGAGCCGGCCAAGUGAGGAGUGAACAGUUCGGUCGCACGUCACAUUAUAUCACUGCAACAAGCAGUUACACACUACCUGAAGUGCCUGUUCAUGUUGUCACGAAUUAGUCUGGAGUUUAUUGGCUAUGUUUAACUGUAGUGGUACAAUAAAAAGUUCUCAAUUGUUCUUAUUCACAAUCUUGGAAUUGUGCCUUAUUAUUAUUUCCACAUUUAGACUUUUAUCUCAAUCGAAAUUUGUGAAAUUCAGACUUUCCAUGACUUGUUUUACCUGUAAUGGACAACACCAUGACUACAAACACACACACUGCCUCACACGCUGUUAUUUUCUGUCAUCUGUUGCACACUACUGUACGACGUUCGCCCUGUGGUGGAGAAUAAUCCGGUUUGAUGUUAAAUCCUGAAAUCCUCACAUGAAUAAAUUGUAAAUACUGUCGGA